CUUGUUUAUAAACCCAGAUCUCCUCCUGUGGGCGGGAACAGCAACAGUAGGGAGAGUGAAAGUGAAGCACUUGGAGAGAGUGAGAAAGGGGGGGGAGAGAGAGAGAGACGGUGGAGGAGACGAGGCUGUGGCGGCGGCUGAGGUUGACCGGGGUUCGCGGAGGGGGCGAGGCGGCCGCCCCUGUUUGCCUCUUCAGCCGCGCAUGGACGACCACCUCAGCCUCCUGCAAUCACCCCCGCCGAGCGCGACCAAAACUCGGGGCAACAACCUCGUGAACCACGGGUUCACGGAGACAGAGACCGACGUGAUGACGGUCGUGGCGUGUGACAACAUGCUGGAGGAGUCGGCGGCUCUCCCGGGCCACCACUCUCUGGACAGAUACGAGCCGGAUCACGAAUGCUGCGAGAGGGUGGUCAUCAACAUCUCCGGGUUGCGCUUCGAGACGCAGCUCAAGACUCUGUCCCAGUUUCCAGAGACGCUGCUGGGGGACCCCAAGAAGAGGAUGAGGUACUUUGACCCCCUCAGGAACGAGUACUUCUUCGAUCGGAACCGACCCAGCUUUGAUGCCAUCCUCUACUACUACCAGUCUGGCGGGCGCAUCAGAAGACCCGUGAAUGUGCCCAUUGACAUUUUCUCUGAGGAGAUACGCUUCUACGAGCUGGGCGAGGAGGCUAUGGAGAAGUUCAGGGAGGAUGAGGGCUUCAUAAAGGAGGAGGAGCGGCCGCUGCCAGAGAAUGAAUUUCAAAGACAGGUGUGGCUGCUGUUUGAAUACCCGGAGAGCUCGGGUCCCGCCCGGGGGAUCGCGAUAGUGUCUGUUCUGGUCAUCCUCAUCUCCAUUGUCAUCUUCUGCUUGGAGACUUUGCCGGAGUUCAGGGACGACCACAGGGAGCCGAUCACCAUUGAGCCCUCGAUAAAUGGCACACUCCCGUAUUUCAUCAGCCCCUUCUCUGACCCGUUCUUUGUAGUGGAGACGCUUUGCAUCAUCUGGUUCUCCUUCGAGCUGCUGGUGCGCUUCUUCGCUUGCCCGAGUAAAGCCACGUUCUCCAAAAACAUCAUGAACAUCAUAGACAUUGUGGCCAUCAUCCCCUACUUCAUCACCCUGGGCACGGAGCUGGCGGAGAGGCAGGGGAACGGGCAGCAGGCCAUGUCAUUAGCUAUUCUGCGCGUAAUUAGGCUGGUUCGGGUAUUUCGCAUCUUUAAGCUCUCGCGUCACUCCAAGGGGCUUCAGAUUUUAGGACAGACUCUAAAGGCCAGCAUGCGUGAAUUGGGCCUGCUCAUAUUCUUUUUGUUCAUUGGUGUCAUCCUCUUCUCCAGUGCUGUUUAUUUUGCCGAGGCAGACGACCCAGAAUCGGGGUUCAGCAGCAUCCCAGACGCCUUCUGGUGGGCUGUUGUCACCAUGACCACUGUGGGUUAUGGGGACAUGCACCCCGUGACAAUCGGGGGGAAGAUAGUUGGAUCUCUGUGCGCAAUAGCCGGCGUGCUUACCAUUGCCCUGCCCGUGCCCGUCAUCGUCUCCAAUUUCAACUACUUCUACCACAGAGAGACGGAGGGCGAGGAGCAGGCACAAUACCUACACGUGGGCAGCUGCCAGCCCCUGGCGGACACGGAGGAUCUGAGGAAGAGUCGCUCCUCUUCCUCACUCAGCAAGAGCGAAUAUAUGGUGAUAGAGGAGCAUGGGAUCAACAGCGCGUUCAAACAACAGCCCAACUUCCCCACCACCGUGCACAACAACUCGCAGAACUGUGUGAACAUAAACAAAAAGAUUUUCACCGACGUGUAGCCACUUUUUAAGAGUUAUGGAAUAUGUAUGGACACAGGCGGGGGGAUGUGUCAACAUACAGCCGGUUCUGUUGUUGGAAUCCCCGGUUUAUCAGACGAAGAAAGAAAGGAAUAAAGAGAGAGGGAGUGAGGAAAAGAAAGAAGAAACCCCUGUCUGUUCAGAUCCGCUGCUUUGUGCUCCAUUUAAUCCAGAGACAAUUUUAUAUCAGUGAUCUGAACUCAUAAAUCUGUAUGUUUCCAUGCGCAAUGGGAGAGAAAAGCUCCUUGAAGUAUUAAGCC